AUGGCGGAGAACUACCAGGUUAUGGAGGAGCUGGGCAGCGGGUCCUUCGGAAAGGUGUACAAAGCUAUCGAGCGCAGUACGGGCGAAACGGUUGCUAUCAAGCACAUCGACCUCGAAGACAGCAACGAAGAACUCGCAGACAUCCAAGCAGAAAUCGCGCUACUGAGUACCUGCCACAGCCCAUACAUCACCGAGUACAAGACCAGCUUCGUCAAGGGCGUCAAGCUAUGGAUCGUUAUGGAGUACCUCGGCGGUGGUUCCGCUGCCGACUUGCUUGCGCCGGGACCAAUGAGCGAAGCACACAUUGCGAUUAUGUGUCGCGAGCUUCUGCUCGGUCUUGAUUACUUGCACUCAACCGGCAAGAUCCACAGAGACAUCAAGGCUGCCAACGUGCUCUUGACGGACAAGGGCAAGGUGAAACUGGCCGACUUCGGUGUCGCUGCACAGUUGACGAACAUGAAGUCGCAGCGCAUGACGUUUGUCGGAACACCAUUCUGGAUGGCCCCGGAGGUCAUCCAGGAGGCUGGCUACGACUUUAGGGCCGACAUUUGGUCGUUGGGCAUCACUGCCAUGGAACUGGCUGAGGGCGCACCACCAUACGCUGGAUCGCACCCCAUGAAGGUGCUCUUCACAAUUCCCAAGAACCCAGCCCCACGCCUUGAAGGCGACCAGUUCAGCAAGGAAUUCAAAGACUUCAUCGCGCAGUGUCUGAUCAAGGAUCCAGAUCGACGCGCCACUGCGAAGGAGCUGUUGGAACACAAGUUUGUUCGCCGAGCUGGCAAGGUCGAAGCUUUGCGCGAGUUGGUCGAGCGCAAGCAGAUGUUCGAUGCGAAGAAAGACAAGGACGAUGUGUCGCACCCGAAGUACUACGAGGAGACUAUGAAGGACCUCUCUCCAAAGGGCGAGUCGGACGACUGGACUUUCGAUACAGUCAAGGCUGGCACUGUGGCUCCAGCAGCACGUCAGACAGCCAGACGGCGCAAGCUUGCUCGCAUACCUUCUGGAGACGAAGAGGCAACCGCAUCUCUAAUGCAACAUAUGAACCUGGACGAUGCACCUUUAGGUGUCGUUACGGAUUCGCCAGUACCAGUCCGCACUCGAUCUUCAUCUCGCCAAACAUCUUCCGGAACAGCGUUCCGCGUAUCUUCAGGAAACACGCCCACUGCUCGACGCGUUAGCAACGCACCCAAGCAGCCCCUCGGCGUGGAUCUCACCUUUGGCAAUUCGCCUUCGACUGUCCAACGCUUCAAGCGGAUCUCUAGUGGAGAACGCCACGCAGCACUGCGAUCGAACCCACCUACAAACCAGAACAACUCGUUUCACCCCAACCCAAGCGCUGCGACAUUCCGCCCAUCACCACCCAACGCCGAUCUCAUGUUCGACGUGAACGACGUCAACAACGAGAACGAGCCGCCAGAGCCAGAGUAUCCGCCUAUGCCGGUCACAAAGGAUGCGCUCUACGGACGUCGAGCGUAUAGCAAGGUCCUUGAUGGAGUCUUUCAGGAGGCCUACGCGGACACUGGGUCGCCGCAUCAGCGUGAGGCAAUGGGGCGGGUUGCUUCUGCUUGGGCUCAGCUUGACGAGAUUGACCCACAGGGGGAGUUCAUGUUGCUGAAAGCUAUGGUCGACCGCCUCAAGGCAGAUUCGAAGCUUGCUGCAGCUCUGGGUAUCGAGGCACCGGCGCCACAAUCACCGCUCAAGCGUAACAACACACAGGGAAGCGAAACAAGCUACGGUGGCACCACGAUCCAUGGAAAUGGCACAACCCGCAUCCGCUCCAACACAAAGCUAUCUUCUUCGUCUCUCAGCAAGUCCUCGGCAUCAGAAGACUACGACUCCCCGUCUGCCCCCGUCGACACGCCCAACGGCACACCAAACGGCUCGCCCACCAAGGGACCUAAGCUUGUCCUCGCGCAGAACAACCCUCAUCUGAAGUCUCAUCGCCGCCGACAGAGCGCGUUUGUCGUUGGUGAGAAGUCAUUCGGCAACGACUCUCUGCCUAUCGUCGACGAGAAGAAACUGCCAGGCCACGUGGAGAAGGGAAUGGAGCAGCAGGGCCUUCUCGCCGACAUUCUAUACGGACAAUGGAUGUCUGGCUUACGCAGUCGAUGGCCUGCCACCAGCUAG